GUGGAAAUCAACAUGACACACAAGUAGCACAUUGCGGACGCUGCAUCAGAGAAGAGAAGACACAAAAAACAACGAGCCGACUGGAACCAGACCCUGUGAAUCCACAGCAGCAGGCUUGUUUAUGCUGGAGCCACACAUAUGAGUAUUUAUGAGCGUGCAUCAGGACAAAGUGUCUAUCGUUUGAGAAAGGUGACCUCGGAGCAGUGGUUAAUGAGUGCAUUUGAGAAGGAUGAGUUUUGACCCUGUGCAGGUCAUGAAGGGCCAGGACCCCAUGUCCCUUAACCCCUCAUCAGGCUCGAAUGGUGACAGCAAAGCCCCCUGGGAUGAAAAUGAGGACUUCUGUGAUAGUGUGGGUUCUACUAAAAAGCCCAAAACUGGACCAGUGAGACGAGCCAGGAAGGUGGAGGGAGGCAUUUUCUUUCCAAAGCCAGAAAACGCUGUAACGAUAGCCGUGUCCUCUCGGGUGCUGUUCCGCACAGAUAAAGAGCAGAAGGUAUAUGAAGAGAAAGGAGUAGAGGAGUACCUCAAGUACCAGGUGGAACACGAGGAGGAGCCUUUAGCUCCUGGACCAGCAUUUCCAUUUGUUAAGGCCUUGGAGGCAGUAAAUGCAAAGUUGCGAAAGCUGUACCCUGACAGCGAGGAGCUUUUUGACAUUGUGCUGGUGACCUACAAUCAUGCCCAUGUUGGAGUAAGACUAAUUAACACCAUCAACCACCACAAUCUGUUCAUUGAGCGGUUCUGCAUGACAGGAGGCAGUAAUCCGAUCGGCUACCUGAAAGCAUGGCACACAAACCUGUACCUGUCUGCUGACCCAAAAAAGGUGCAGGAGGCACUGGCUGAAGGCAUUGCUGCAGCCACCAUGUUUAUGCCCGAGAAGCAUAUAGAUGUGUCGGAGAAACAGCUGAGAGUGGCAUUUGAUGGCGAUGCUGUUCUCUUCUCGGAUGAGUCUGAACGAAUAUUUAAAGCUCAUGGGCUGGACAAGUUCUUUGAGCAUGAGAAGGAAAAUGAGAACACGCUACUGGAUCGUGGUCCAUUGAAAGGUUUCCUGGAGGUCCUGGGAAAGCUCCAGAAAAAGUUCUAUGCUAAAGGCCACAGGUUAGACUGCCCCAUUCGCACCUAUUUGGUGACGGCUCGCAGCGCAGCCAGCUCAGGCAUCCGUGCUCUAAAGACUCUCCGUGCCUGGGGACUGGAAACAGAUGAGGCCCUGUUUUUAGCCGGCGCUCCCAAAGGCCCGAUGCUGGAGAAAAUACGACCCCACAUCUACUUUGAUGAUCAGAUGUUUCAUAUUGAAGGUGCUGCAGAAAUGGGAACGAUUGCUGCACAUGUACCGUACGGCAUAGCACAAAAGUACCCUCACAAAAAGAGUACCAACUCUGAUAAGUAAGGGUGGGAACGGACAUUUGACUUUGAGUUUUCUGCAUGACUCAGUAUCCCAGUGAUCCAGCAGCAAUAUAUUUACUUCUUUAACCAUCCUUUAAUUUUUUUUACAUAAAAUACCAAACUGAUUAGCUGAUUGGUCUACUGAUGUGACCAUUCACACAAAGUUAAAGGAUAAAAAAAGACUAGUUUUUGAAUUGCGCUUUUUGAAAAUCGUUUUUGUUUUAUUCGGUGAUUUGUAAAUAACUGGAUGCAACUGGGUGAAUAUUCAUUCAAUGAAAUGAAAAAAAAUGCUAUCAUCAAUUUUGAUGCCCUUUUGUGUUUUUUGGACAGUGUUAUGAUGAUGAUUGUGAUGUACUGUAUGCUAUGAUAGUUUUCAUUUAUUAUAUGCUGAUGACAGGGGAAGUGGUAGCUCAUGGAUUAGAAUGUUAGACUUUAAAUCAGAGAGUCGUGAGUUCAAGCAUCACCAAGCCGUCACUUCUGGGCCCCUGAGCAAGGCCCUUACCAAUUAACUGCUCAAUGUAUAAAAAUUUGAUAAUUGUUAGUUACUCUGGAUAAGGCCUUUUACCAAAUGCCAUUAAUGUAAAUAUAGAUGAUAGUAAAUAGCUAAUGCAGUGUAUUGUAUAGUGUAUAUUCUAAACAUUUUAUACACAUAUUUUUCUAUAACAGAAACUCUGACACUAGUUUUACAUACAAGAUAAAACCAGGUUUAUAUUAAUGUUUUAUUAGAAUCAUCCUGCAUGAGCUAACCCAUACAGCAGGCGAACAAUGUUCAAAGAAUAAAAAAAAUGUGUAAAGCUUCUGUGAGGAUAAAGUUCUUAAAAAGUUUAUGGGAGCAGAUUAUUUACUGACACUGGAAACUUAAAAUAAAUUUAUAUGCAGUGA